AUGGUUUUCGGAAAAUGUGUCUAUUUUAGAGCAUUUCAGAGAUUUCGGGAAAUGGAGCCCAAAAAAGUACCACAAGUGAUGACUUGUGAUGAAUCGCAUACAAUAUCCAUUCCGAUGGAUAAAAUCGAGAAAAUGGCAGAAUUGAAGGAAAACCCAUUUAAGCAAAGAAUAUGUAAAGUGUUUUCACACGACGGCAGUGGAGACAUGACUUUUGAUGACUUCCUGGAUAUGCUGUCAGUGUUCAGCGAACAGGCGCCCCGGGAUGUCAAGGCUUUCUAUGCGUUCAAAAUAUACGACUAUGACGACGACGGCAUCAUUUCAGUGCAAGACUUGCAGCAAACGGUCAUCGCUUUGACGCGCAAUGAGUUGACUCACGAGGAGAUCAAUAUUAUCUGCGAGAAAGUGCUCGAAGAGGCCGACAAUGACGACGACCGACGCAUCUCUUACAUGGAGUUCGAGCACGUCAUCACUCGGGCGCCAGAGUUCUUGAGUACAUUUCACGUCAGGAUCUGAAGACUAAGCUUUGAGACAGAUUUGACACCAAUUGUAGUGUUUAUAUGAAGACAACCGUCAGAACCGAGCGUUUGGUUCCUCCUUCUCAUAGAAAUAGAGGACAACUUCUCCUUUGUUUGUGUCCACAGUUUGAGUGACUUUUGCCAGAAAGCGAGCCGACAGGCCAUACAUUAGGGACGGAAUGCCUAAGAAGUCAUAAAAGAGUUUCUUUCAUUUGCCAACAAUUGUGUGAAUUGUACCCAAAUUAAUGACUUUAAGACAUGUAAACAAUCGGUUCUCAAGAGUCAGAUCUUGUAGCGGCCGUCGAGUGCAGUGGUAUUUAAUGAAUGGAUAGCAACCGAUGCGUAAGACAUGAUAAUUAUGUGAUCCGACGGACCAAUUGAAGUGAGAGCACCCGAACUGGUCGUUCACCACAGACUCGUAUCGCACGAAAUAAGAGCUCCAAAAGGGUUGUCUACUCUUCAGAUACUCCGUCAACACCUCUGAAGACAACGGUUUCUGAUUUGCACUUAAAUUGAAGUAAAGUUUAAUGCG